AUGAUCUUACUCCGACGACCACGUUCACCUCGUUCUGGGAUUCCGUUGUUCAAAUUUGCUCGAUGCUACGCCCACCACACUGUCAAGGCUGAAACAGAUGCUCUGGGUAUGCCUUUACGGCCCACUUGGUCUAUAAAAGAGCUUUUAUCAUCUUACCCUAAACCUACAUUGGCUUCGUCGACUCUUACGCGGAUCCACGAACUAUCGGCUCUCAUUCCUCCGGGAGAGGGAACAAAGGACCACGAGAAGCUAAAGCAAGAGUUGGAAGAGCUCGUGAGACUAGUGGAAGCUGUAAAGCUUGUUAAUACGGAGGGCGUAGUGUUUCAACAUUGGGGACCAGAACUAGGAAAUGGAGCAGAGCCUGAUCUAGAAGUCGGUGUCACUUCCUCAGAUGUACCAUGCGGAAGCCAGUUGUUAGUGCAUGCUCAAAAAACCGUGGACGGGUUUUAUGUUGUGGAUGCGGACAGGCGACGAUGA